AUGCUGAACUCCGAACAUGUCCCCAUCAUGAUUCUGGUCCUUGCCUGCAUAGGUAUCUCUGUCGCCAGUAUUCCAAGAUCACUUUUGACACCGAAUCGAUCAUAUCCUCCAGGACAACCAGUGAAUGUGCGCAUCAAAAUCGACAUCCAGCAGACGCAAAUGAGCUGGACAGACACACGAAAGUCAUGGUUACCGAGCGAUGAUAGCCAGAAAACUUUCAGCAUCGAUGCUGCUUUAACACCAAGCGAUUUUCGGCAUGUCUAUGCAGGUUUAUGGGUGCCAAGCAUCAAGAAUCGCUUCAAGCUCCUUACAUUCAGGAGCGCAUCGAAUUUGUACUCAGAUCGUCUCGUCUUUACUUCCAAUGGUGAAGUUUCACAUGAUUUUCGUUUUAUGUUAAUGGUAUCGUGCCUCAUCAGUGACAUCAAUUACCCAUACGAUUCUUAUGUGUGCUAUGAAAAGUUUCGAGAUUAUGAGAAGAACACAACUGUAAAGUACACG